AAGAACUUCCGAUCCGAACGACUACCUGAUCCGCCAGCGUUCAACAACAAGACGAAGGACCUUUCCCUCUUCUUAAGGAAACUACGUUACAAGCUGGAGGGGAAUGUCGAUCACUUCCCCGAAGAAAGGUCUCAACUGAUUUACGCACACUCCCGCCUCGAACGCGACCCUGCUACGUUAAUCGACCCUUUAAUAGGUGAGGAUAUUUGCACUCAAGGGAAGAAGAGCUUCCUCUCCCACUUCGCCGAAUUGCGACGUCCCGUAGCUGACACGAACUUGAAAGAAGAAGCC